AUGACUCUGUCUGUGAAAGAACAGAAGCCACUGUUGGACACAAGAAUCGGAAAAGACUCUCCGUUCACCUUCGGGCAGAGGUACUUGACCGACGAAAAUUCUGUGUUCGACCACAACGCUUGGGACCAUGUAGAGUGGGGAGAAGAGCAGGUUAAACAAGCUGAAGAGCUCAUCGCGAAGCAGUACGAGCAACCGGUCAAGGAUUUCGAUAAGCAGCUUUUUAACUCGAAUCCUGCAAAGUACUGGGACAUCUUCUACAAAAACAAUAAAGAAAAUUUUUUCAAAGAUAGGAAAUGGCUUCAAAUCGAGUUUCCGUCGUUAUACGAAGUUAGUGGGGCAGAGUACAACAAGCCAGUGACGAUCUUGGAAGUUGGGUGUGGUGCUGGAAACACUUUUUACCCAAUCUUGAAUCAGAAUGCCAAUCCUCAGCUCAAAAUCGUGGGUUGUGACUACCUGAAAGUUGCGGUCGACUUGGUAAAAAGUAACGAGAACUAUGCGCCCAACAACGAGAAGGGUGUUGCAUUUUCUUCAGUUUGGGACCUAGCCAACCCAGAGGGAACAUUGCCUGAACACUUGGAGCCAAACUCCUGUGACAUUGUCAUCAUGGUAUUUGUCUUUUCUGCAUUGCAUCCCGACCAAUGGAAGCAUGCCAUAAACAACCUCCAGAAAGUGUUGAAGCCUGGUGGACAGAUCCUUUUCAGAGAUUACGGUCGCUACGACUUGGCCCAAGUUCGUUUCAAGAAGGGCCGUUUGCUUGACGAUAACUUCUAUAUUCGUGGAGACGGCACGCGAGUAUAUUUCUUCACCGAGGAAGAGCUCAGAGAAAUCUUCUGCACCAACGGUCCCUUUGAGGAAGAGAAGAUCGCAACUGACAGGCGCUUACUUGUGAACAGGAAGAAGCAGCUUAAGAUGUACAGAAUCUGGCUUCAGGCUGUCUUCCGUAAGCCACUAUGA